CUGACGACGAGUGAGCGAGAGGAACGGGGAGAGGGAAGUUAAACGCGCGGCGAUGCCGGAGCUGCCGGAGGUGGAGGCGGCGCGUCGGGCGCUGCAGGCGCACUGCGUGGGGAGGCGCAUCGCGCGCUGCGCCGUGGCGGACGACGCCAAGGUGGUCGUUGCCGCCGCCGGCCGCGCGGCCUUCGAGCGGGCCAUGGUCGGCCGGACCAUCGUCGCCGCGCGCCGGAGGGGCAAGAACCUCUGGCUCCAGCUCGACGCGCCGCCCUUCCCGUCCUUCCAGUUCGGGAUGGCAGGCGCGAUAUAUAUCAAAGGCAUUCCUGUGACGAAUUAUAAGAGAUCCGUUGUUAAUUCCGAAGAGGAGUGGCCCUCCAAACACUCUAAAUUCUUUGCUGAGCUUGAUGAUGGUUUGGAGUUCUCUUUCACUGAUAAACGGCGCUUUGCAAGAGUUCGUUUGUUUGAAGAUCCUGAAACCUUACCCCCAAUUUCUGAGUUAGGCCCAGAUGCUCUGUUUGAACCAAUGUCCGUCGAUAGUUUCUUGGACUCCCUGGGUAGAAAGAAGAUAGGGAUAAAAGCUCUUCUACUUGAUCAGAGCUUCAUAUCAGGCAUUGGCAAUUGGAUUGCAGACGAGGUGCUUUACCAGUCAAGGAUCCAUCCAUUACAGAUUGCUUCGAAUCUACCUAGGGAGAGUUGUGAAGCACUGCACCAGAGUAUCGAAGAGGUUGUCAAAUAUGCUGUCGAAGUUGAUGCUGACAUGGACCGCUUUCCGAAGGAAUGGUUAUUUCAUCACCGUUGGGGCAAGAAGCCUGGCAAAGUCGAUGGAAAGAAAAUCGAGUUCAUAACAGCUGGUGGCAGGACCACUGCCUACGUGCCGCAACUGCAAAAACUGGUUGGAACCCAGUCCAGCAAAACGAUAUCCGUGGCCGAGAACGGUGAUGCCAAGGAUUCAGGGACCGAGGGAGAAGAUGCAGAUGCAGAUGUUUUGAAGCCAAGAAAGCGAGCCGCGACCUCCAGGGGACAGCGAAACAAAGAUACCGCCGGCUCGAGAAAAGCAAGAGGAAAUGGCGCCGAUGCUGAGGCGGCUGAACCAGCAACAGGUGUCGUCGGAAGCAACAGUGAGCAAGCUUUUGGCCAAGCCAACAGUGACGCUGUCGAUAAAUCAGAUCGGGCUACAAGACGAUCGUCGAGGAAAGUGAAAGCCCGCAAGUAAAUCUGAACAAGGUAGCCAGGGAUCUGUCCAUGGAGUUUCAUACUGGCCAGCGUAUUUGCGCCUCUGAGUAAUGUAUCUUAGGAACAGAAGAUUAUAUUCAUGCUGCAUAUUCCUGGGGGAUUCGCUCCGGACCAACGUUUGCUCUGUUCCCUCGGUGCUAUGGAUAGUAGCAUAUCUAGGUUGUGCAUAAAUGCACUGAGGUUUAUGUACUCUUUCCAAUCUUCCAUGAUGCUAUGGAAGAGGUGAUUAGGUGAAAUGAUGUUUCCCCUGGCGCGUGCGGUUCCACGCAUAGUUGCCGUAAAGUGAAAAAAAUACAGAUUGCUU